UUUUCUUUUUUGAGAUCUGGUUUUAAUCUUUCACGAUGUCGUCAAAUCCAGAAGCAGAAACUAUGCAUUUUAAUUCAUGGAAAUUAAACGAAACAAACCAACAAAAAUAAAGAACAAACAAAUACUAAUAUUCUGUUUGAGUUUUGAUGUGACUGACAGCAAACACCUAUCCAUGUAAGCAAUAAGACAAAAUAAUCAAAACAGAUGAAACUAGCUGAGAUUUAGUUAAUUAAUUUAGGCGAGUACAUUGUUUUGUUACGUAGUAGAAAAUACGCAGAAUACGUUGCACGUGUGUAGAAGCAGACAGAGCAACAAUAAAUAGCUUAGAAAGUAUACAACUUAAUAUAUAUUAACAGGAAAUACGAAGACAAUGUACAACCAACUUGUACAAAUUAUGCACAAAUGACACAAAUGGCGCGCAAAUCAUAGAAAACAAAAAAGAUGACAAACGAGAAUGAAAGAUUUGGAAUAUAAGGAAAUUGUAUAACAAAAUUGUAUAAAGCAACUGUACAAAGUUGAUGUAAGGAAAAACCGUGUGCUAGCUUUGAGAUAUUUUACGGUGAUCAAGUCCUAUCCAAUACUCCAGUGAUGUGAUUUGGAUUCUGUUUCUCGUCUUCAAUUUGGAUUACUGAAUUAAAAGUUCCCUUUUCUGUUGGAUUACGACAAUCUCAGAUUACCAAACACUUUACAUUGGAUUUAUUACGAAGCCAAAGAAUUAAAUCAGAAUGGCAGCUAACGAAAAAGAAUCUGCAGAGAUGGCUCUGUCUCCUUUCGACAAAUCUAAGAAGUAUGUCGACGUUGGCAAUCCGGGAUUUUAUUCACCAACCAUACACAGUUUGAGUGUUCUUGAUUGGCAGCCCAGUCGGACUUCUCCAUACGACAUGUGGCGUUGGAGAGAACCUCCAGACGCCAGUCUAACGCGGGAGUCAGUCGGCCGCUUGUCACGUUCCUAUUCUUUUAACGAAGCUGCCAAUGAUUAUGAAACAACUCACUUCCGGCUGAAAGUUUGCUGUACAGUGUUCUGGCUGUUCGUUUUCGUUCUCUGUGUGACUGCAGCUAUCAUAAUCUCUGUCCAUUUCUACAAAACAACAGAUGUUGUAACAGACAGUCCAGAAAGCGACAAUUUAACUGUGUUUGUCUGUCGACUGUCAAUGAUGGAACACUGGAACAAAAGCUUGACUGACCAAUCAUCUGAAUUCUUCAAAUCUACUACGAAGCGUUUCAUACGGUCGAUGGAUGAAGUUUAUAGCAAGAAAAAUGAACACUACAUCGGUACCGAAGUGGUAGAAUUUAGUCCUGGAAGCAUCAGCGUAAAGUUCCGUAUUCUCUUCAAUACAAGUUUGGAUAAGAUUCCAGGAGAUAACGUAACUAAGGAAAUGACCUUUUCUGCAGUGCCACCACUGGAAAAAGAAGGGAAACAACUACAAGGAAGAAUCAUUCAUUAUAUAAGGACAACAAUUAUCGAAGCCAACAGAUUGAGAAUUAAUCGAACGACAGUUAAGAUACUUGAAAUACUGUCUGGAAACAGAGUGCUGAAUUUGACAAAUAAUUAUCCUCUUGAUCGUCGAAAACUUGAUUGGAAGAAAUUGUGGGAGAAAAUGAAAGCGUCCAGUUCUAAUAUGAUUUCAUCAGUCAUGCAGAAUGGGAAAAAGCGAAAGAAAACAAAUCAGACUGUUUGGGGAACAACAGAGACCAAUCUACCAAACGGUUCUAAUGAAGCGGUAAAGUAUGGUACAGCUUGGACAACAAGAACAACAGGGAAGUCUAUAACAGCAAAUUCAACAAUGAAGACAAUAGCUGUAUCAUUAAGAACAAAUAGAUCUUCUCAAAUGGAGCAAGCGGAGAUAUCAACUUCUAGAGACUUGACAAUAAAAAACCAGGAUGAGACAGCAACCAAAAACGAUGUUUCUGAACAAAAUAUAAAUUUAAAUGACAGCUCAAAAAAUUCCCAAAGCACACCAGUUAAAGAAAUUUCAAUUGGAUCAGAGGAAGGAAUUAAGCAUAAAGAUUUAAACCAUCACAUCAAUAGUACUUUAGAUCCCAAAAAGCAUCUAGAUAAUUUGGGAACUAAUAUUACCUACCAACUGAAUUCUACGUCAACUGUUAAGUAUAUGACAGGUCUGCGGACUGAACUUGAAAACUUUAUAUCAACUACAAGAAGCAUUGCUGAGCUAACCCCCGCACCUCCUCGUUGUGACCAAAUUAGUUAUGAACCGUGUCGACAAUACAGUUACAACUGGACUCGCAUGGACGCUCAGAUGAACACUUACAGCCAAGAGCAGGCUCUGUCAAUGAUGGAUCAAUUCAUAGACACAGCAUUACGGUUCCAUUGCACUGGACCUGUAAUACAUCACUUCACCUGUUCAUUAUUCUUCCCCAAAUGCGAAGAUGGACGUAUCAUUAUUCCCUGUGCUGCAAGAUGCUAUGACAUAAAAAGAAAUUGCAAAGAGUUUGCAUCCUUCCUUGAUGCGUUAUGUAACAGUUUGAGUCAAGCUCCAUCUUGUUUAACAGAGGAUGGCAAAGAAAUUGUCACCCAGUUUACUCCUGCAACAACCACAACACACCAAGCAUCAGAAAAUGAAGUUAAAAUUUCCUGUUCUGGAAACAGUUUUCACUGUCUGUCCGGUGUGUGUCUGCCUAUGGAAAAACUCUGUGAUGGAUUUGUAGAUUGUGAUGAUGGCAGUGAUGAAAAUAAUUGCAGUGCUGUUGAUUCCAACAGACGAACCACUUUGACAUCAACAUGUUCCAGCCAGCAGUUUCGCUGUUCCAAUGGAAACUGUAUUCCGUUCAGUUGGAAGUGUGAUGGCUACAAUGACUGCCGUGAUGGACUGGAUGAAAGCUUAUGCCAAAACGAAUACUGCUAUGGUCCACAGUUUCAAUGUAAUAAUGGUGUAUGUAUUCCUCAUGGCUGGCACUGUGACCAUUAUACAGACUGUGAUGAUGGAAGUGAUGAAAAAGAUUGUGUAAGCAACCACGAUGAUGGAGAACCAGUGAACUGUGCAGAUGACUCGUUUCGGUGCAACACCAAUGUGUGUAUUCCAGCAUUAUGGCACUGUGACAAGUACCAAGAUUGCGCAGAUGGCAGUGAUGAAGAGGAAUGUCCAAUGAAGAAAGAGGAACCAACCCAUAGCAUAUCCAGGUGUUAUAUCGACCAAUUCCUCUGCACAAAUGGCUCCUGUGUUCCACGAGCAUGGCACUGUGAUGGUGAAAGUGACUGCCCUGAUGGCAGUGAUGAAGAUGAAUGUCCAAACUUAGCAAUUUUUUCAUCUAAUGCAAUCAGAGAACACUGUAAUAUGAACCAGUUCAAGUGUGCUGAUGGAAGUUGUGUGAACCGUGACAAACUAUGUGAUGGCAUAAACGACUGCAUUGACAGCAGUGACGAGGAGGGAUGUACUAAAGAAGAUAGUACGCUUGCUUUAAACAAUCAUAGUACACCCGCUUCUAAUAACCAACAUUCUUGUGGAAUAGAACAAUUUGCUUGCUCUGAUGGGGAAUGUCUUUCAAUUCGUCUUCUUUGCAACACACAAGAGGACUGUGAUGAUGGAAGUGAUGAAUCCGGGUGUGUAUAUAAUACAACUGAACUUCCAACAACAGCAGUGUGUAACGGCAACCAGUUUGCAUGCCAAGACAAAAGCUGUAUUCCCAUCGACUGGCGAUGUGAUGAAGAAACAGACUGCCGGGAUGGAAGCGAUGAAAGCAUUUGUGAAAAGGAUUUGUUUUCACCAACGUUUUCUUUCUGGUCACUUUGCAAUGAGAACCAAUUUCGAUGUGACAACAAAACAUGUAUUCCAGUGGAAUGGAAAUGUGAUAAACAAUCGGAUUGCCAAAAUGGCAUUGAUGAAAUGGGUUGUAUAUACACUUCAUUCUCCCUUCUAGGAAAUGGAAGUUGCCUUUCACACCAGUUCCAAUGUAGCCAAAUAGCAGAGUGCGUGCCAUUGUCUUGGAGAUGUGACGGCACAAGAGAAUGUACUGAUGGCAGCGAUGAGCUGAGCUGUCCCCAGAAAUAAAAGACUUGUCCAUCGCACUUGUGUUCUACUAUUGUCCACAUUACCUCCAUGCUAUUUCUAUGUGUUUUGCAGUUGGCUUGGCUCAUGUAAAUUGGAUGGGAGAACACAGAAUGGAAUGGAAAUGUUGCCAAAUAUAUUACAUGGGGACUUGUUAGAAUACUGAUACAUUUGAGAUAAUAAACUAAAGACAGAAGACAGGAAAACAGAAAAUGGCAAAAAAUGAAAGAUCAGGUGGAGGAGGAGAGGAGGAAGAAGAAAAAAAAGAAGAAGAAGGAGAAGAUGUCAUUUAGCAUGGACUUCAAUUCAAAUUAUGUGCAUUCAUUAACCAUUGAGAAAUGACUUCUUUGCUCUUUUCUUUGGACAUAUCGGAUCGAUCUUGCUGAUCAUCACACCGUAUUUGGAAUUUCUAAGAUACUAUCCUGUUUUUAUUUGAUAGAACACAGAUGCGCACACAUACACGCACACACACACAUGCACAACACAAACAUACAUGCACAAA